CAUGCCGAUCGGUGGGGGGAGAAACCUUGUCUUGGAUUCACAUAAAUGUAGUAUAUAUGUGUAUAUGUAUAUACAUGAAUGAAGUUUCAGUAUUUAAACCAAGAAAUCCUUCUUGUUCACUUUUAGGUAGAAUAUGUUUUGUUAAAUAUAGACUGGAAUGUACUGAGACUCAAGUUGAGUUACAAAACUUUAAUUUUAAUGUUUAUACAGAAAUCAACGAAACCAUCACCUGUACUAAAGACCAGAUUGAGGUGGAGAUUCCAAGUGAUUUUUUCCUAAGCAAGAACCCUCCAAUCCUUAUCUCUGAUUUACACCUCAAUGACCCUGCAUGUCACGGUACUGAGACAGCAAACCUUUAUGUGUUCAGCAUUAAAAACAAUUUCACGGACUGUGGAACUCAAAUGGCUUCUGAUGAUACACAUAUUCUUUUCACCAACACCAUACAGAGUAACAUUUCUGAAAUAAUUACAAGAACCUUUAUCAAUAUUACAUUUGCUUGCCGAUACCCUAUUAAUUACCUGGUGCAGCAGCCUAAUGGGGAGAAUAAGAUCAGUAUUGAUAUCAGAACCAUUACACUGAACAUGGAAGAUGGGAAUUUUUCUGUCUCAAUGAUGCUGUACAAGGACCCAGAUUUUGAGGACAUGUGGACUACUAUUCCCUUCCUAACCCUAGAGGACAACAUCUUUGUCAAAGUCAAUAUGGUUCCAGGCCAUCUAAUAAUCCGCCUUGAAAACUGCUGGUCCACACCAGCGAGGAAUCCUUCUCAUGCAGUUCAGUACUCUUUUAUAGAACAAAGCUGCCCACAAGUUAUCAAGGAUGAAACGCUGUCAGUUAUCAUGAAUGGAGAAAGUGCAGAUGCAAUGUUUAGGAUCCAGAUGUUCAAAUUUGUUGGUAUCUCUUACAAUGAUGUGUUCUUGCACUGCACAGUUCAGAUCUGUCACAAUACACCUGCUGUUUGCAAACCGAAUUGUACUAAUUAUGGCAAAAUUCUUAGAAAUAAGAGAGAUGCAUCAUCAUUUCCUACUCGCACUGUCUCUUAUGGUCCCAUCAAGAGAAAGAUGGAUGGUAAUGAAGAAGCAAAUCUAAUCCCUACAGAUAGAAGAAAUCUUCCUCCUGUAGAAAGCUUGGUUCUUGGUGGAGUACUAAUGGCAGUCUUAGUUAUAACUGGCGUCUUUGGAAAACUUUUACUUCAGUCAAGAAGAGCCUAUCCUCCUAUGCAAGCACAGCUCACUAUGUCACAUUUUCACAACUCAGAAGUACCAUCAUGAUCCAGUGACUUCCCCAUAUUAGAUCUGAUGCACAGCAUGUGUCAUAAGAUGCAAUAGGAACAUAAUCCUACCUCCAACUAACUGUUGUUUUACAAAAUUAAAUUUUUGUUUGGGUACAUCUGAAUCGUACGAAUUAUUGUGGUAUGCUCUUCUGUUCACUUUCAUGCCACUGUAGUUUACAGAAAAUGAGUACAGUUUAAAAUAAUGCAUGAUGAGAACUUUAUUUUCUAAGAUUUUAUUUUUUGCAGGCUUAUUGUGAUUUUUCUCUAUCAAGGAAAAAUCUGUUACCAGUUGUUUUUAUGGUAUAAGCACCAAAUGACUUGUCACUUUCUUUUGAGUUUCAUAAGACAAACAGAGACUGUUCUUUUGAUUGAACUUGUUGCUGAGUCACAGCCAAAAGUGUAUGAACACAGACUUUUACCACUGUGGCUGUAUUCCAGUGACUACCAGGGCAGCAAAAAUAUCUCUUGUUCUCCCCUUCCACUUGGGUGGAAAAAAUGUAAUUCAGUGUCUCAUCUUAGUGGGAUUUAGACAGGACUCCUACACCACCUGCAUCACCACUUUAAGUAUAUGAAGAAAUUAAUUUUUCCAUUUUUUGAGAUGAACAUAAAUCCCUUAUAUCUUACUCUGAUCAUUUUCUUCGGAAUCCGGGAAGCUGUUUCAAUAUGAAUAAAAUUUGUAGUCUAGACCUAAUUAGAUCCUUGUAACAGAGUAAAAGCACAGGACAGCUCAAGGCUUAUUGCAGAAAUACAGCUGGCACCAGUUCAUAGUAGACUUUUUAGGUAUUACAAUAUAAUUGACUAUGAAGGUAAUUGUGUUGAUCCUAACCCUAACUUAAUUAGAAUGCUAAUGUAGAUGGGAAUUAAAACUGCCCUUUCCCUCUACUAAGUCAUAGGUCUUUCAUGCUUAAGGUUGGGAAGCACAGGAGAGAGUAUGAGAAUUUCUGAAAUUGUUUCUUUUAUAAUAUCAGUAUGCAAGAUAAUAUG